CCUUGAGGAGACAGUGUUCAGUAUCAGCUGCUGCUCGAUGAAGAGAUUCGCCGUUUCUCCGUGUAAGUGCAAAUCUAACGGACAGAGCAGAGUGCGGGGAAGCAGUCACCGGGGAGGGACACACACAGCUCAUCUGUUUGCUCGAUGGUGUCACGGCAGAUUCCAUUACAGUGUCUUAAGAUCCAGUACGAGGUGCUUCGGGCCUGAAAAUGGACUCUAUCUCACUGCUGGGCAGCAGCCCGGCCAGCACCAAAGUCUGCUUCCUACCAAACGGGCUGAAGAACGGGUCCAAAGAGGGACCGGGCAAGCCCACGGUCGCCAUCAUCGGUUCUGGAGACUUCUCCAAAAGCCUGACCCUGCGGCUGCUCCGCAGCGGCUUUCACGUGGUGGUGGGGAGCCGUCAGCCCAAAAGAGCGGCCGAGUCGUUCCCGCACGUGGUAGAUGUGACCCAUCACGAGGACGCAGUGGGGAAGGCCAACAUCGUGUUCCUGGCCAUUCGCCGAGAGCACUAUUCCUCUCUCUGGGACAUCAAACACCUGCUGGCUGGAAAAAUACUGGUGGAUGUCAGCAACAACAGACGGGUCAACCAGUAUCCAGAAUCAAAUGCAGAAUACCUAGCGUCCCUAUUCCCAGAAUCCAUUGUGGUCAAAGGCUUCAAUGUGAUCUCGUCCUGGGCCAUGCAGUCAGGCCCCAGAGACUCCAGUCGACAGGUCUAUAUUUGCAGUAAUUCAGUGGAAGCUCGACAGCAGCUCGUUGAACUGGCCCGUCAGCUCACUUUCAUCCCUGUGGACAUGGGUGCGCUCUCUUCUGCCAAAGAGAUUGAGAAUAUGCCACUGCAUCUCUUCUCCGCCUGGAAAGGACCCGUUCUGACCGCGGUCGCCUUGUCCAUCUUCUUUUUCGCUUACUCCUUUGUGCGGGACAUUAUCCAUCCUUAUAUGAAGACCAGACAGAGUUUUUUCUACAAGAUUCCUCUGGAGAUCGUGAACAGGACGCUGCCUGCAGUGGCUAUCGUUCUGCUAGCGCUGGUGUAUUUAGCAGGACAGCUUGCUGCUGUGUACCAGCUCAUCUACGGGACGAAGUACCGCCGCUUCCCGCUCUGGCUGGAGGGCUGGCUGGAGAGCCGCAAACAGCUGGGCUUGCUGAGCUUCUUCUUUGGCUGUGUUCACGUGCUGUACAGCCUCUGCCUGCCCAUGAGACGCUCGGAGAGAUACCUGAUGCUCAACAUGGCCUAUCAGCAGGUGCAUGCCAACAUAGAGAACUCGUGGAAUGAGGAGGAAGUUUGGAGAGUGGAAAUGUACGUUUCCUUCGGCAUCAUGGGAUUGGGGCUCCUCUCUCUCUUAGCUGUCACUUCCAUUCCAUCGGUGCACAACACACUCAACUGGAGAGAGUUUAGCUUUAUCCAGUCCACUCUAGGUUACAUCGCCCUGCUCAUCUGCACGUUCCACGCUCUGCUCUUCGGCUGGCAGCGGGCGUUUCUGGAGGACUCUUAUCGCUUCUACAUGCCACCCAAUUUUGUCCUUGCCCUGGUUCUUCCGGUCACGGUGAUAAUCGGAAAAGUGGUAUUGCUGCUUCCCUGUGUGGGCCGGAAGCUGAAACGGAUCAGGCGUGGAUUAGACUGCAAUCAGAGCCGCACCAACCACGAGAGACCCGCUGCCCACGUUUCACCUGAGAGGGUCACCAUCAUGUAACUCCACCAAAGUUUUUAAUGUCACAGUAACGGUAAACUCUCAGCCUUUUGUUUCUAAUCAUGCACACAAUACCUGGCCAGCAUACAGCCUGUCUAUAAGGUGACAUUUCAGCUGCUUUAUUGGACUCAAAGAUUUAUUUGUAAGGUUCCAGUCCUGUUUUCUUUAAUGGAUAAGAGUUGAGUCAGAACUCUAAUUGUCAUGUGACCUCAUUGACCCCUUCAAAGGAGGAUGUCAUGUGACCAGAUGACCUGUUCAUGAGUCUAUUGUAUAUCAAACCUUAUUAAAAACAGUGUUAUUUAUGCACACUCCACUGUUAAAAAAAUGUUGGGGUCAGUAAAAUGUUUGAAUAUUUUUGAAUGUUUAAUGUUUUAAUGCUCACCAAGGUUGCUUGUGCUUUUUUUUUUCAGAAGUAAAAUUGUACUGACCCCAAAAAUGUGAACAGAAAUGUGCAGUUUGAUUAAUUCUCAUGGCAAAACUAUGGCUUAUGGCUUUAUAUCAACAUGAAAUGUUUGGCAAUCUUCCAUCAACAUGAAACUUUAUCCACACAGGAAAUGUGUUAAGCUUAUGUCCAAGAUAGAACAGAACUAUAGUUUUUGGGGAAAUAAAAGCAUUACCUUUGUGAUCGAAACUUUUAUAUCCUGGGCUUCAUUCUGGUACAGAAAUGUACCAUUUUCUCUAUCCAGUCAUUUCCCAAUGGGACUCCCUGAAGUUCUUCCCUGUUUUACUGAGAAAUAUAUCACAUAUAUUAAAUGGGUUGGGAAUGUCAUUUCAUGUUGACUUUAGUAUAAUUGAAGCAUAUUUUAAACACUGGAUUAACUGCAUUCACAACACUCUGAGAUUUGAUGGUUCAUAUACCAGACUGACAUGUUAUGUGAGUGUCACACCGAAUCUGUUUUAACAUCUGUACAGGCGAAACAGUACCAUGACAAGUUCAGUCACUGGAAAUGACCUGCACAGACUCACAGCUAAACAUCUCAUGCUAACGGACAGCUCUUUUCUGCACUGUUUCCUGUGAAACUGUUUUGUGUCACUUGUCUUGUUGUACACAGUGCUAUCUGCCUCCAGUGUGUUGUUUGGUAGAAGUGUGAACGCUCAAACUCCUGUGCCUCACUUGAUGUUUGGAGUGAGUAACAAUAAAUAUAAAAGUACACAAUA